UUGUUUUGGAAAGGUGAGGGAAAAAUGGAAUUUGAGAUAUACUGACACCGAAGGUGUGUUCCAGUUCACUUGUAAUUAUUCCAUGUUUUUUCUCUGCCUGUUGCCAUCUUCCAGAGGUGUGAAGUCAUCUCUGUUCUUUUGGUGCUGUCUCAAGUGGGUCAACCAUUCACUUCCUUUUUAUGCCCUCCACACUUUUGGCCGAGGAUAAUGAAGCCUUUGUUUAGAGUACCAGGUUGCACUCCAAUAAAUGAUUACAUUUCCCAGCCACCUCACCUUACUAAUUUCAUUGUGUUGGCUAUUCCUUUCUGACUAAGGCAGCACCUAGGAAGAUGCUCGAAGCAGCAAUUGAUAAUGCAUUUUUCUGUGAGCUGAGCCUGGUGUUGUAGGUGGCCUAGAAAUAAUGGUGUCAUUUGUGACACCUCGAGUGAGGGCAGGAGAGUAAAUCACUUUGGCUUGGAGAAGAGUGAUUUCUUUCUACAUUAGAAUUCUAUAUGGGGGGAGGAAGAAUCUGUGAAUGCAUAAAAGUUUCUCUUUGUUUUAAAAUGCUGUGUCCUAAAUAUGUUCUUUAUUGCUGAGGUUAGUGGUCCUUGAACUUGUCCCCUGAAAGAGCUCAGUUCUCUCUAUUAUUUUUCUUCUCUUAGGUUCUUAACUCCACAUAUCCUGGAAAUUCCUUCUCUGCUAUUUUUGGUAUGGGUUGGUCUAGGGGCCAAGUGGGCUUGGGCAAGCCAUUCCUUGCUGCGACUCAGAGCAUCCUGGCUGUUCCACCUUGCUCUAAACAGUCCUAAAAUUGCCCAGUCCUGUGCUUUUGGGAAAUCCAUCCCCUUCUUCCCAUUCUUUGUCUACCACUUAGUUUAGGGCUUUCUUACCUUUUACUUGGACUAUAGCCAUAAGCUUUUACCAAGUCUCUUUGUUUUUAGCAUUUCUUCAUUCUAGUCUGUUCUGCACACUUUGAUCAGGAGAAGCUCCUCACAUUACAGCCAUCUUCAUGUUUUCUCUCUUGCUCAAAAACCUGCAACAGCUUCCCAUUGCCGAAAAUCUAAAUGUAGCUUUUAGUCAGAACUUUCCACUUAAAGUUCUUACCCCUGGCUACACAUUCUGAUACCUAGGGAGCAAUUUUAAAAAUACUGAUGCCUGUGCUCUGUCCCCAUCAAUUAAAGCUGUGAGUACAACCAGGAUUGAAAACCACUGCAUUGGUCCUUGAUACGUAUCCUAAGAAUUGUGAGAAUUAUCAGUCUCCGCCCACGAAAGACAUUCAGCCAGAAACCAAAACUUCAUUGCCCCUUCAAUGUGGGAAUCCAGCCAAGACCUUAUUCUUGGACAGCGUCAGUGAAAGGGGCUUGGGAAAGCUCUUGGGCGUAGCAACAGAGGCAUGUCAUAUAUGGAAACCUUCCAUGAGGGUGACCUCACCACUGGAAUGCAUUCAACAUAAACCUUGCUGCAAGAACUAGCAGAGCUCUUUGGACAAAACAUGCAAGCACGAUGGCAGGAGAUACAUGGGUCCUGUACUCCAGCCUCUGGAGACCAAGAUUUGCCUUCUGCUUACCCUGGACUGAGGUGCUCAUGACAGAGUUAGUGAAAAGGAGAAAAUCUGGGAACACCUGCAGGUCAUCAUGCAAAGCCUUCUUUAAUCUUUCCUCUGGGCUCUCUCAGCAGAGGACACUCCUCAUUCACACCUCAUCCUGCAUCAAUUUUCAGUUAAUGAGGAAGUCAGACCUGCACCAAGCCAUUGCACCAGGCCACCCCAAACCACCUGGAACUCCCAGUGCACUUAGCAGGUGCUCCAGUCCCCAGCUCACUCGGCCACACACCAUGUGUGAAGAGGAGACCACUGCACUUGUGUGUGACAAUGGCUCUGGCCUGUGCAAGGCAGGCUUCGCAGGAGAUGAUGCCCCCCGGGCUGUCUUCCCCUCUAUCGUGGGCCGCCCUCGACACCAGGGUGUGAUGGUGGGAAUGGGCCAGAAAGACAGCUACGUGGGGGAUGAGGCUCAGAGCAAGAGAGGGAUCCUAACUCUCAAAUACCCCAUUGAACACGGCAUCAUCACCAACUGGGAUGACAUGGAGAAGAUCUGGCACCACUCCUUCUACAAUGAGCUGCGUGUAGCACCUGAAGAGCACCCUACCCUGCUCACAGAGGCUCCUCUAAAUCCCAAGGCCAACAGGGAGAAGAUGACCCAGAUCAUGUUUGAAACCUUCAAUGUCCCUGCCAUGUAUGUUGCCAUUCAAGCUGUGCUCUCCCUGUAUGCCUCCGGCCGCACGACAGGCAUCGUCCUGGAUUCAGGGGAUGGUGUCACCCACAAUGUCCCCAUCUAUGAAGGCUAUGCCCUGCCCCAUGCCAUCAUGCGCCUGGACCUGGCUGGCCGUGACCUCACAGACUACCUCAUGAAGAUCCUCACAGAGAGAGGCUAUUCCUUUGUGACCACAGCUGAGAGAGAAAUUGUGCGAGACAUCAAGGAGAAGCUGUGCUAUGUGGCUCUGGAUUUUGAGAAUGAGAUGGCCACAGCAGCUUCUUCUUCCUCCCUGGAGAAGAGCUAUGAGCUGCCAGAUGGGCAGGUUAUCACCAUUGGCAAUGAGCGCUUCCGCUGCCCUGAGACCCUCUUUCAGCCUUCCUUCAUUGGCAUGGAGUCAGCUGGAAUUCAUGAGACAACCUACAAUUCCAUCAUGAAGUGUGACAUUGACAUCCGUAAGGACUUAUAUGCCAACAAUGUCCUCUCUGGGGGCACCACCAUGUACCCCGGCAUUGCUGACAGGAUGCAAAAGGAGAUCACAGCCCUGGCCCCCAGUACCAUGAAGAUCAAGAUCAUUGCUCCCCCAGAGCGGAAGUACUCAGUCUGGAUCGGGGGUUCUAUCCUGGCCUCUCUCUCCACCUUCCAGCAGAUGUGGAUCAGCAAGCCCGAGUAUGAUGAGGCAGGGCCCUCCAUUGUCCACAGGAAGUGCUUCUAAAGUCAGAACAGGUUCAUCAAGGAUCCCCUUGAAACUAUUCUGUUACCAGUCAUGAAACAUUAAAACCUACAAGCCUUA